AUGGCUAGGACGUGCUAUAGCAACAGCCGGGGCUACUACCGCUGCAAUUCAGCAUGGAAUAACUGGGUUCGCUGGGUCGUCCUCGUAGUCGUCGUCUUGGGCUUCCUCCUCCUCUUCGUACUAUGCUCCUGCCUAACCGCCCGCCGCCGCCGCAAAGCCGGCCGCCAACCCUUCUACGGCACAGGCUGGGCCGCGCGCCCCGGCAACAACAACGCCUACGGCCAAAACACCACUGCACCCUACUACAACAAUCAACACAACCCCGCGCCGCCUUACUCCGCCGCUACCACCAAUAACAACAACGGAGGUUACUACGGCGGCGGAGGCGCAAACCAGGGCUACUACGGUCAGCAAAACGGCGUCGAGCUGCAGAGUCCGCAGCCGACGUAUGGAGGCGGGUAUGCGCCGCCGCCGGGGCCGCCGCCGGCUAAGGUUUAG